AUGACCGCUCGUUAUAUCCCUUUGAAUGGACUAUUAAAUCGCGAUGAGUCGUCAACCCCGAGUCCACGCACAGCAUCAGGCUGGCGCCUCCCUAAGCGCUGGAUCUCCUUUCUGAUUGUGACAUUUACGCUCUUGACAACAAUUUACCUCUUCCUCGGAAAUGGUCCUCCGAUAUCAUAUACAGGCUCACAACAGUUUAACGGUUUGCCGUCUGUGCCAUCUAUCUCAUCUACUUCAUCACCGUCGUCUUCGGUGUCCUAUCUGCUUGGCUCGGACGAAGACUCCACAAAACUGUGGUUUCCACCUCUCCAUGAUGAACGAGAGUUCCGUCCCACAGUCGCCUCGUACAAUGCACCGCUAGCAUCCUUGCAGCGGCCUCGAACACCGCUCUUCAUUGCCUUUACUCGCAACAACGCCAUGCUCCAGCAAGUGGUCCUGAGCUACAUUGCAGCUGGAUGGCCCCGAGAGGACAUCAUUGUGGUCGACAACGCAGGCACCAUGGACUCCAAUCCCCGCCAUCUCCUGACUCCCAAAAAUCCAUUUUACCUGGACUACGACCUGUUUCGCAAUCGAUAUGGAGUCUCGAUUUUGCAGACUCCGACGCUCUUGACAUUCGCUCAGCUGCAGAACUUCUUCCUGAGAGUUAGCAUGGCCCAUGGAUGGCGCUACUUUUUCUGGUCACACAUGGACGUCGCCGUGCUCAGCGACGAGGAGGCAAAGCCUUACAAGUCCUUUCAUGCUCGUGUGCUCGAUGUCCUCUCCGACCUCGGAGUCACGGCCCUCGACACUGAUAUGGGCACCCCGAGAAACGGCGAGAAAAACUGGGCCAUCAAAUACUUCACCUAUGACUGGCUAACACUGGUCAACGUCGAGGCAUGGCGGCAGAUUGGCGCUUGGGAUACCUUCAUCCCAUACUACGCGACCGACUGCGACGCAUACUCGCGCAUCGUGUUGAACGGCUUCACCAAGGACGACGUGCGGACAGGCCGCAUCUUCGACCUCCCUGAGGCCCUCCAGGACCCUGAAGCCAAGUUUUUCCCACCUGCGUCGUCGUCAUCGUCAUCACAAGCGGCCGACGACUCUGCUCCUGAAGGCGAGCCGCCAGGUUCACGUCGCUACCACCUCCUCGUGGCGGAGCUGGAGAAACUCGAGCGGCGCAAACCCGAGAACCAACGCAACAACUGGCAGGCUGCCCUCGGCGAAGGCGGCAAGGGCGAGCCAUGGACGUACGACCCGGACGGGUUCCAGAAGAUGUGGUGGGCCACGGCAGAGAAGGGCAGAGACAUGUACAGAAUGAAAUGGGGCACCUCAGAGUGCAGACUGGACGAGCACGGUGUGAAACUGGACGACGCAUGGCAAACCUGA